CUGCGUUGGUCAAUCUCUGUCUUUGAUAUAUCAUGGUGGAUAUAAAAAAGAACAUUAAAACCACUAUAAAACACUCGGGAGGCCGCUUUCAUCGCUGGGCCCUUUAUCUCGAGAUAGACAAAUUGUUGUUGCAGGCGGGCAGCUUGAGAGAUUGAAUCACUUUUCAAUGGAGGUAGGAAUGCUCAUAGCAUGUGUUGGAAGGUCACGAGUUUCAGCGACUGAUUUGAGCAGAGUCAGGCAGAUAAUUGUUAUAUUGAAUAUGGUGUGGGCUGUAAGCAGCCAGAAAAAAGAACUACGAAUAAGAAGAGAAAGUAGUUAUAAGAAAGAAAUCGAGAGUGGAGAAGAGAAGGAUCUCAAAGGAGGAUCGGAGCCAUGGUUGUGAUGGCACAUGGAUCCGAUGAGGAAAGGAAAAAUUGUAGAAACUCAGAGA